AAAAUGGCCCCUAAAAUCGACCAGAAAGAGUAUUUAAAACGUUAUCUAUCGAAUGAUAAAGACAAGAAAAAGAAAAAGAAGAAAAAGGAUAAAAAAGCGACCAAACCGGGCAAUGUGGUCAUAGUCGAUGAUGAUCUGGAUCUAUCGGAGCUUCAGAAAAGGAUCGAUGCCGACGAAACGGAUCUGUUCGGACUGGAUGAAGAAGCACCGCUCGUCGUUGGAAUUAUCGACGAACGUCCACCUGAGUUGAGAGCUAAGGAAGAUUUUAGCAGCACCAAGUGGAAAGCUGUGGCCAAUAGCUUUGAUGCUAUGCUGCGGGAAAGUAAUCGGGCGGAUAGUCCACCGGGAAAUGGUGUGAAUCGUCGACGGAAGGAUUCGGACGAAAGUCCACCGAGAAGAAGAUCGAAGGAGAAGGAAAGUUUAUGGGGGAAAGCAAGACGAGACGAUUCAGACGAAAGUCCACCACGUAAAGGUGCGUCAGGUAAAGCCGAUCGACGCGGAAAGGAUUCGGAUGAAAGCCCUCCCGGAAGAAGGUCGAAGGAUAAAGAUUCUUACGGAGCAAGAGAAAGGGGAAGACGUGGUAGACGAGAAGAUUCGGAUGAGAGUCCACCGCGCAAACGUAAGCAAAGGGAAGACGCCGAUCCUGGUCCAUCUCGGAAGCAUCGAGUAAAUGAUUCAGAUGAGAGUCCUCCGCGAAGAAGAAAGGAUGAUAAAGGAGCAGAAAGGAACCGCAAUCGUCGUGACUCGGUUGAGAGUCCACCAAAACAUCGGAAUCGUAAAAAGGAACCUUCCGGGAAGAAAGACAGAGACGAUCAAGAACGUGAUGAACCGUCAACGUCUAAGGCACGGUAUCGAUCGAAAGAGUAUGAUGAAAGUCCUUCCCGAAGGAAAAAUUCUUCCAACCGACGACGCAAUUCUGACGAAAGUCCACCACGUCGUAGUCGACCUGAUGCUUAUACUGGACGUCGGAGCGAUUCAGACGAAAGCCCUCCUAGACGGCGAGAAACGAAUACCCGUGAAGGUACCUCACGACAUCCUUCUAGAGCAGCAUCACCUCCAAUAAGAAUCAAGCAAGAAAGGCGUAGUUCCGACUCUGAUCUUUCACCACCAAGACGCCGAGAUUCGGAUGCAAGUCCAACACGAAGAAAAGCGGCGACGGCGAGUUUACGACGCGCCUCAAGAAGUCCGGACCGACGUGGAAGACAUCACCGUGAGAUAGAGCAGCGGGUCAAGCAGGAACCUCGGUCUCCGUCGCAAAGAAGAAACGAACAUCCUCCCGAACGGAUGAGUAAAACGCUUGAUGGUAAGCGAGCCGGGUUGCAAGAUGCAGCAUCGUUACGCGAGGAGAAUGAAAAGCAUCGAGCACGAGAACGGGAUGCACUGAUGAAGAUGUCCGACGAUGUAUCUGGUCGGUAUGCGGACACGGUUGUGCGUGACAAAUCGGGUAGACGGCGGGACGUCGAAAAGGAAUUGCGGGAAGAACUUGCAAAGCGAAAGCAUGACGAGAAGAAGAAGGAAGUUUAUUCCCGGUGGGGAAAAGGUGUAAAACAGGCGGAAGAUUACAAAGCACAGCUACAGGAAGCGGCACACGAAAUGGAGAAACCUUUGGCACGGUACGCCGACGAUAAGGAUCUGGACGAAUACCUCAAGCAGCAGGAACGGGACGGCGAUCCGAUGUUGGAGUAUCUGCGCAGCAAACAGAAGGAAGAGAACAAACGGGCCGGUAUAGUGGAAAAGCCCAUCUAUCAGGGCGCUUUCCCCGAUAAUCGGUUCGGCAUACGGCCCGGUUAUCGGUGGGAUGGCGUGGACCGUUCGAACGGGUUCGAGAAGAGCUGGUUCGAGACGACGAGCAAGAAGAAGGCGGGCGAGGAAGAGGCGUACAAGUACAGUGUGGAAGACAUGUAGACAAC